AUGCAUCAUGGCUACACCCCUUUGUUCAUUGCAGCUCGGACUGGACAGCUUGAGCUUUUAAGGGGUUUGCUGGAGGCCAAUGCGGAGAAGGACAAGGCCAAUCAUAGCGCCACCCCAUUGUUCAUCACACCUCAGAGCGGGCAGUCGGAGGUUGCACGCCGGUUGCUGGAGGCCAAUGCGGACAAGGACAAGGCCAUGCAUGAUGGCAGCACCCCGUUGUUCAUGGCGGCUCAGGACGGGCAGUCGGAGGUUGCAUGUCUGUUGCUGGAGGCCGAUUCGGACAAGGACAGGGCCAUGCAUGAUGGGGAUCCUCAAUGCAGACAAGGACCAAACCAAGUAGGGUGGCGCCACACCUUGGUAUACCUUUUUCCAUCCCAGCGCAGAAUGGACACCGGGAGCUCGCACGGGUUUUGCAGGAGUCGGACACAUGCCAGAACAAACGCAGAAGGUAUCGGGGAUGCGGCACGGCAUUUGGAGUGUUUGCAUGCCUUUGGCCAGAGUGCAGAAAGAUAA